GCGGUCGUGGCAGAGUAGCAAAAAGAGCCCCAGAAAAUGACGACGACGGCGGCGGCGGAGACCGGUUCUGCAACUAGAAAUUCCAGAUGGUCUCUAGCUGGAAUGACUGCUCUCGUCACCGGUGGUACACGUGGGAUCGGCUAUGCUGUGGUGGAGGAAUUGGCGGAGAUGGGGGCGGCGGUUCAUACUUGCUCUCGCAAUGAGGCUGAGCUUAACCAACGCUUACUGGAAUGGUCUGCCAAAGGCCUUACCAUCACCGGAUCCGUCUGUGACGCAACCUCUCGUCCUCAACGCGAGCAGCUUCUACAAAAAGUCUCAUCUAUCUUCAAUGGAAAGCUCAACAUCCUAAUAAACAAUGUUGGGACGAACAUUAGGAAACCUGCUAUCGAGUUUACUGCUGAAGAGUAUUCUAUGCUCAUGGCUACCAAUUUGGAAUCUUGCUACCAUAUGUGUCAACUUGCACAUCCUCUUCUAAAGGCUUCUGGAGUUGGAAGCAUUGUGUUCAUUUCCUCUGUUGCAGGUUCGAUCCACAUUUCUUCUAUGUCUAUCUAUGGAGCCACUAAAGGUGCAAUUAAUCAGCUUACAAAGAAUUUAGCAUGUGAAUGGGCAAAAGACAACAUUCGGACUAAUGGUGUAGCACCAUGGUACACGAGAACUUCGCUUGUCAAACAUUUGCUAAGUAACGAGGAGUUUGUGGAGCGAGUGGUAUCAAGAACUCCUAUGAAACGAGUUGGAGAAGCAAAUGAAGUGUCGUCCCUGGUGGCCUUUCUUUGUCUACCAGCUGCUUCUUACAUCACUGGUCAAAUAAUUGCGGUUGAUGGAGGAUUUUCGGUUAACGGUUUCUGAUGAAGUGGAGUCAAUUUAAACCUUAUUAUGUAUUAUACUGUAAAUAAAUAAAUGUUUCUACCACUUUUACUUGCAUCAAUCAUAUGAACAUCAACCCUCCUUUCAAGUUCUAUUAUAUCAAAAAUGUUUAUUUAA